AUGGAUGACUUUGUUUGUGAUAAACUAAGAGAGUGGGGUCUAAGCGAGUGGAUUCAAACAUUUAAAGAUGAAAACAUUGACUGGGAAAGUCUUUAUUGCCUGGAGGAUGGUCACAUUAAAGAACUGAUCAACAAAGUUGGACCUCGAGCAAGGUUCAUGAAGAGACUGAAACAGCUGAAGGCUGCAACAUCCACAGCUGACAUCGGAAAGAGAAAGCUGGAUGUUCAGGGAGAGUCCAGUAAGUUGGAAACGCCAUCUAAACGGCUGCGUAAGUUUAUGAUGACAGAAGCAAAGAUACUGUCUGAUGUUAGGCAGAUAAUGGGACGUGUCAAUUUGAGACUCCAAAACCAAGAAAACACAGAGCUCAAUGCUUUCCUGAAGUCUAAAAUACGUGAUCUGGAGGUAGACAAGAAGGAGAUGGUUGGUGUUUUUGGUAAAACGGGGGCUGGAAAGAGCUCUUUAAUAAAUGCUGUGAUUGGACAGAAGAAUCUUUUGCCUUCUGGAUGCGUGAAUGCAUGCACCUCAGUCAUGAUCAAAGUGGAGGGAAACAUGCACAACACAAUGUAUGAGGCAGAGAUUGAGUUCAUCACAAAAGAGGAGUGGAAAGAUGAGCUGUGGUCAAUGGAUCAGUUUCAUGACAAUGAAGAUCAGGAACAGGAGGAUGAUGAACACAACGAAAUCAGUGCGAAGCUGUCAGCUCUGUAUGGAGAUGAAUGGAAGAAAAUAAUUGGUGAAAAACGCAUGGCCAGUAAAUACUUCAGAGAAAUUCCUGAAUUCCUGCAGGGCAGGAAAAAGAUUUUUACAUCUGAAUCUGCUAAAGAGCUAUCUGCACAAUUUGCCAAAUACAUAAGAAGUGACACAAAACAGGGAGAAGGUGAAGAUGUAAGAAGAUGGUACUGGCCGCUGGUCAAAUGUGUGACCGUAAAGGUGCCAAACAAUGAUCUUCUCCAGCACGUCACACUGGUGGACCUUCCUGGGAACGGGGACCGUAACAAGAGCAGAGAUCAAAUGUGGAAAGGGAUGGUUAAGAAUUGUUCUACAGUGUGGAUUGUAUCUGAAAUCAAUCGAGCAGCAGACGAGCAAGAAUCGUGGGAGAUCCUGAAAAAUGCUGGUGAUCUCCUUGAAAAUGGUGGCGAGUGUAAACGCAUUCACUUCAUCUGCACCAAAUCUGAUCUUACUGGGGUUUUGGAUGAUAACUCAGCUGAUGCCAUCCGCACUGCCAUUUCUAAAAGAAACACAGACACCAGGAGAGAACUGCACAAGGAGUUCAACAAGCUAAGCACAUUAAAGAAACACUUCAGUGAAGACUGUUUGAAAGUGUUCACAGUGAGCUCCAGUGAGUUUUUUAAAGGGAAACUUCUAAAUAAGGAGGAGACUGAAAUACCCAGUCUUCAGGAGUUCCUGAGCAAGCUGAAUGACUCAGAAACAUUGAACUAUGUGUCUGGAGCUCGUGGGAUUCUCUCUCUGAUUCAAGGGUAUCAUGGAGAAAAGACCAGCAGCAAGGCAGAAGUGCAUGAAAACAUCAUGAAAAGUUUUCGCUCUCAACUAGACUCGGUUCGAAAAGAAAUGGAGGAAUCUUGCACAUCCUUUGAACAAUGCCUUCAAAGAGGAGUUACAAACUCAAAAAGUUCAUGUGAUAAAGUCUUGAAGUCCUUCUUGUAUCCUAAGAAGGGUGGCUCUGCCUUUCAGAUAGUCUUGAAGAGAGUUGUCAGCAAUGGUGGCGUCUACAAACCCAAAAAGAAAAAACUAGUGGACCUCAACAGGAAGUUAGCGUCAUUUCUGACUGACAGCAUUGAUGAGGAAUUCAGGAAAACCUUCCCCAACGAAGACAAACGUGGACCAUUCAACAAUGCCAUCAACAAGUUUUCACUUGACACUGAGACACUGAUUCACAAGUACAAAGAUGUCAAACUGCCGCUGAUAUUUGUCAAGACGGAGGAAGAAAAUCUCAAGUCAAGGCUGAACAAAGUCAUCCGUAAACGCAAGAAGACCGUCUACAGCAGUCUGACAGAGAACAUUAAAGGAAGCAUGCAGGAGUGCUACAGCAGAGCAGCAGAAUUCAGAGGAAAGGGUUCAGUGGAUAACAUGAGGGAAACGAUUGAGAGACACAUGCAUGAAUCAAAGAACAGCAUGUUUGACCAGGCCAAGGAUGAAAUGAUGAACCAGCUGAAAUACUUGAAGGAGGACAUUCUGCAAACACUGCACACAACCAUGAAGGAAUCAAUCCAUCUCUUACUCAAGACAGAGGAGCGAUCAAUUCCAGAUGUUUCAGAAGAGCUUGCGGUGGUACAAAAACUCUACAAUGAACUGAAAAGCAGCUCGGAUACGGAACCUCAUGAAAUAGAUGGAGCGACAGCGGGGACGGCCAAUCACACGUUAGCAGGAAACGGCAGAGCCAACCGAUGA